CUGAUGUUGAUGUUGUAUAAUGGAGCUAGUAAUUUAACGACAGAAUGUGUAACAGAAAUACGUUUAUGAAUAUAAACCAAUUUAUGUAAAUAAAUUGUUUCAGUGCCUGGGGGAACAGAUAAAAAUGAAAUCUAUUAUGUCAGAAUGUGGUAUGCAGUCACAUGUAUCAGAUAAAACUGUGGAUUCAAACAAUGUUUCUGAAGCUGAAGAUUCAGACAGAUUUGAAUAUAAUUAUGGAUGGGCAAGGAGUAGAAAAUUUCUAAAACAGCUGGUGAAAGACAAUAUUGAUCUGUCUCUUGUGGAAUAUGAAAUAUUACGGCAUACAAAAAAUAAAAGGCCUAAAACGUGGAGACAGUAUUUCCUUGUUUGUCUUCGUAGUAAUAUUCUGCAAAUACUCAUGUCUCUGUUAGUAUUACUUGAUGCAGGGAUAGUAAUCAGUGAAAUAGUGCUGGAAAUACAAUCACUACAAACAUAUAAAAGUAAUUUUCGCACACAACUCGAGGAAUUUCGUGAUAUUGUAUGUACUGUAAUGUAUAUAACAACACCUGAUAUAGGACUUCCUUUUCAAUGUUAUUCAGAUGAACAAGAGUCGCAGUUCAGAAAAUCCCAAGUGAAAUUGAAUUUUACAUAUUAUAAAAAAGUUAUGAACAGUCAAAUUUCUCCAGUUGAGCAUACAAAUCAUGUAAAAGUCUUCACAGAGGAAUCAAAUUUUACAAAUCCGAGUCCUCGAAUAGAAAAUGAACAUCAUUAUCACCUCAGAAAUCACCUAGAAAAAGAUGAUGAAUUAUUAAUGGAUAUGUGUAGCUUCCUUUCUCAUUGGUAUCGAAAAUAUGAACCAUCUAUAAAAUGUUUCUUGAACGGUGAAAUAGAUAAUAUUAUUCAGCGCAUAGUUACAUAUUUACAGUCAAUCAGUGAUGUACCAAAUAUAAGCGAAACAAAGAAUAAUACAAGUAUUCAUUCAAAUGAUAAACCAAGAAUCUUUCAGGCAGGAAAACAAAUGGAUUUACAUAAUAUGAUCUCACUUUUUCUUUCUACUGUAAAUAAUACUGAUUUUUACAAUCAUACAAAUGUAAGUGAAUUAAUUACUUAUUCUGAUGGUGUACAUAAUGAAGGAUUUUGCGAAGAUUCAUACAUAAGAAAACGUCAACUUGGAGCAAGAGCAAUGCAUGAAGCUUCCGAAAUUUUGCACUAUUUAAGCAUUGCCAUUACAGCCUUAUUCUUUCUAUGUGUAUUGUUGAAAUUAAUUUGCCUUGGAAAGGAAUUUUUUCGAGAUACAAAUGAAUAUUUCGAUGGAGCAAUUAUAGUAGCCUCUUUAGCAUCUGAUGUUCUGUAUGUUCGUUAUGUAUCCGAAACUGCUGCUGCUAUGGUUGUUUUACUACUAUGGCGGAUUAUUCGUAUAAUAAAUGCACUGAUGAUGCACAAGAAACAGCAGUAUGAAUUUCGAAUCGCAAUGCAAAAACGUUCAAGAAGGAUUUUGGGCAGAAAAAUGGAAGUUAUACGUACAGAAAAAGAAAUGCAAGAUAAACAUAUACUUGCCCUAGAAAAUUUACUCCGCGAAAUGGGAGUUUCAAGUGAUGUUGUACGCAAAUGCAAACCUUUAUAUAAAAAAUAUACAAAAGAACAAACAAACAAUGCCUUAAAAUCUAUUGCAGCAUUAACUACAGGUUUCAUGGGUGGUCUUGUUGGUGCACCUUCACAUGUUCAAGAUGUUAUAUCCAAGUAUGGAAUAAGUAAAUAUUCUAGUACACAGAAUUUUUCACAAUCAACACUACAACAAUCGGAAUCUCUAAAUGUAUUGACCAAAUAUCAGCGUCAAUCAGUACCAAGAUUGGUACAUAUUCAACUUCCGGAAAAUAAACGUUUACAUGGCCAUCAAAUGUGUAAUAACUAUGAAAAAAACACGGGUUAUUCUUUCGGCAAUCAUGACAAUAUUUCCGAUGAAAUAAAACCUACUGACACUGUACAGGCCACAGAUGAAGAUAAUGUAAACUUUGACAAACUUUUUAAAAGGCCGCGUGCAUUUAGUUUGAAUCCACAAGAACACUGGAGUUCACUCCAAGAAAAACAAUUUCAAGCAUUAUUAUUACAAAGUGAGUCUACAACAAAAUUAACCAAAGGACUUCAAACAAUGAAAUAUCUCAAUGAUGCUGAUAUUAUGUGUGAAAAAGCUGAAAAGUCAUCGACAUCAAUAUUUUUAAGGCAUAUAUCAGAUGAAACAUUGAAUAAUGAAACAAUAUCAAAUUAUAAUUUUGUUAACACUGGCAAAAAUCAUCAUUACUUUUUAAGAACAUUACCAAAUAUAUUUAAAAAGGCAUGGAAUAUUAAUAAACAUAAAACAAAUAUACUAGAAGAAGAAUGUGAAAUAAAUGAACUAGAAGAAUCUAAUAAACUUGAUGAUAAUAAUGAUAAACAAAGAAAAAAUUAUUUAUUACAUGGAAUAGAGAAUUUUCAAAGAGCUAAUAAUUCAUAUCCACAUUCACAAACUACAUCAACUGUACAAGAAAUAUUAGAAAAUGAUGAACUCGCCUCAUCACCAAUGUAUAAUUUAAAUGAAUCAAAUGAGUUUAUGAAUUCGCCAACAGAUGUUAUAUUUAUGAAAGACAAUAAAAUUAAUAAUAAUAAUAAUAAUUUAGAUAAAAAUUGUUUAAUUUCAUCAAAUACUCUACAGAGUAUCGAUCAAUUUACUGCUACUCAUGAUACUAUCACUGAUACUCUUCAUAAACGAUCGAUAAAAUCUAUACACAAUACAAAUAAUAAUGUACAUAAUGUAUAUAAUGAAUCAGAUACUGCUAAUAGAAAAGAAUCUGAUGAACAAAUAUGGAUACUUCAACCAGGUUAUAUAUGGUGUCAAAGUGAAAAUCAAGCCAAGUUAUCGACUAAGAAAAGUAAAUAUUCUCUAACAAACUCUCGUCCAAAGGAAAAAUCCAAAAUAAUGAAAAUGAAACAGGUAUUUUCUCGUGGUAAAGUAUUACGAAAACUUUCCAAGACACAACAAUCAUUACAAUCCAAGUCAACAAAUUCAUAGUUUUAUCUUCUUUUUUCUUUCAAAAAUCCAAUCAAUUAAAUACACUGGAAAAAUAUGAGCUAUCGAAUAAAAUAGUAUUGGUUCCUCUAUUUUUUUUCUCUUCAUUUAUUAUAUUUUCAUAAGAAGUAUGGUAUUAAACACAAAUAUUUUCUAGUACUUACUUUGAAUGUGUUUAUUUUUACAAUCUAUUCACUUGUACUAUAUUACUGACACAUGAUUUCCUAUUCAUAAAGAUCAGGUGAUUGAUUGAAAGAAAUAUAUACAGCCCAUUAAAGAUUUUAUAAAUUUAAUUGACACCUUCAAUGUUUUUAUAAUACAACUGCUGAUAAUAAUGUUACGUCGAAUGCUAAUAUGCAAACUAGUUUUCAAAUGGAUAGAUUUCGCAUACUUUUUAAAUUAAUUACAAUCAUCUCGAAGGAAACUGAAAGAAUUAAAACACAUUAUCAUGAUGAACAGGGAUACUUAACUGUCGGGAUACAUCAAGAAGAGGAUAUUUUAUGGAAUAUGUAGAGUUUAGUAUAAUGAAGACGUGUUUUUUUUCGGGGGAAUAUUGGCAAUAAAUUAUUAUUUGUGUUAAAAUUAGACAAUUAGAUUUUAUUCUAUUGGCUGUGAAUAGAUAGAUAGUCUAUUUUUCUCCCUUUUACUCUUAUCUACAAACAUGUUUACUGCUGACGCCUUAUGUAAAAGAAAAAUUUGAAAGUACUUAUUUAGAUUGAUUUUCAAGAAGGAAACGUGUUUGGUAGAGUAAUGAUGGUAUACUGCAAAAAUGUCCAUAAAUGUGAUCAUUAUUCAAAAAAUUCUAGAAUACACUUCUGACUAUCCGAACUCUUAAACCACUUUUUUUUCUCCAAUUUUUUUUAUGAACAUUUUUAUUGUAAAAUAAAAAACAUUCUCAUUUUGUUAAUAAAAUGAAGAAAUCAUUUUAUAAUAUUGAAUAAAUU